CGAUUCCCUUCCCCAUGCUGAAGGAGCUGUGGCCCUCAGCAGGAUUUGGGGGAGGAAGAGGCAAGGAGGGAAGUAUAUGCUAUGAUAGGAGUCAGUUGCCCUGCCUAGCUGUGAUUUUUGCACCUACAUUGACUAGCUACAUAUGAAGUCCAGUGAGAGCCCCCCAGUGUGAUAGGUAGAAACUAAUCUUCUGCCACCCUGCUGAGAAAAAGCCAGAGCCCUUCUGAGCUGGUAGAUCGGAGCACAUGUAACAAGACAGAUGCAGGGCUGCUCCGUCUGGCCCCAGUGUGAGGGCCCCUGGGAUGUUGUGUGCUGGGCCCUAGGGUACAAUACCUUCUUUGAGUUUGGACCAAUCACUGAGGUCCUGGGAAGCUGAGGUACAUUCAGGUCACAUGUGAAAUGGGUCCCACCAGGGAUGAUGAGGGCUAGCUGGUGGCUCCUGCAGAGAAACAGCCUGCCUGUCUCUUCGAGGCAUCCUUCAGGCAGCAAUCAAGAAAGCAGCCCUGCAUGGUGCCAGCAGGGCUGCCAAGAGAGAGUUCGGGCCCUGGUGAAAAAAAAAUUUUCGGGCCCCCCAGCAAGGGCGGACCAGCUAAACGGGGGUGGGGUGGGGAAAAGCUGGGCCUGGAAUUUUUUUGGGCCCCCCAGCAAGGGUGGACCGGCUAAACAGGGCCAACAAGAGGGAGUGCAAGCUGGGGCCCCCUUCUGGACCAUCGGGCCCCAGUAAUUUGUACCAGCUUCCCCCCCUCUCUUCGGCCCUGGGUGCCAGUCUUGUAAGCCGCUGCCCUUUCAGGCCUCUCUUUCCCAGGUAUGGCUGAAGUGCCAGUGGCAAUCAGACUGCAUCCCCUAGCCUUGUGCCCUUCAGACCAGCUGUGGUAGCACUGAGCUUUAGGCUGUGGCCAGAGGUCAGGUGUCUGUACGCACACUGCUCAGUCUGCAGCCUUUCACCCUGAUGAGUGUGAAGUCCUGCCUGCGAGCCCAGGCCAGAGUGGCUGGGGCAGCGUGAACUGACUCUGGUCAUUCUGGGGAUCGCAGGAGGAUGGGCAGCUGCGGCUGGUACUCUAAGGCCCUCCCUUGUGAAGUCUUGCAAGGCUCAAUCUUGUACUCUUCCAGCACUUCUGUGGGGCCAUGAGAUGCCAUGGCUCUGAUGUCAGCUAUUGGCCCUCCAGCUUUCCAUCCGCCCAGUAAUCAGGGCUGUCAGAGAUGUUCUGGAACCUGCAGGAAGAGGGGAGCUGGCUGAUGCGCUCGCCCUGGGGUGGCAUGUGCACUCUCGUUCUCAAUGGCUUCACUGUCUUCUGUUCCCUCCCCCAGGGGCCUGGGGCAGGGUGUCCUUACCUGCCACCAGCUUAGCCUAGCAGCGCUUGGGGUUGGAGUCAAAGGCUGCAGCUGGAGGGCUUGAGGGAGGGGUUCUGCUCCUAACACAGGGUGGGGGUUGGGCUGUGGUCCCUGAGAGGGCUGGGGGCAAAGCCCUUACCAGCAAGUGUAACAUCCCCCUAGGUUGUAGGGAUGGAGCACAGCUAUGGCCCCUCCAUUGUGGAUGCUGCUCCGUUAGUGACGUGUCCAUGUUGGGGGUGAAGCCAUGAGCGCCUGAGUGGCUCAUAAGGUGGGGGUGGAGCCAGGGUGUAAGUGGAGCUAGAUGUGUGGGGGUGGAGCUGUGGAGUGGGCGGAGCUAGUGCUGUGGGGUGGGGCCUAUGCAGUGACGGCCCAGUUGCCUGGUGCCCAUUGUUGUGGGCGUGUCUGAGCAGUCCCAGUGCCAUAUAGCAGCCCAGGUGGGACGAGUGGGAGUGAUCAGAGCCCCAUGGCUGACUCCACUGUACCCCCCUCGCUGCCCUGUGGCCUUAUCAAUGCCGCCAACCGGUACCUGAGCGCCGAGCCCUUCCGCUUCCAGGUGGUGGCCACGGGCUUGGUGCUGCGGCUCCGCCAGGUCUGGAUGCUCCACUUCGUGCCCUCACAGGGAGCCGGAGCGGCCGGGCAGGCUGAGGAGAGCGGGCAGAGACUGCAUCUGCUCAGCUGGCUGCAGCGCUUCCUGGCGGCCGAUCCCAACGGCAAAGUCACCUGUGACCAGGAGAGCCCGGGCCCAGGUGCCCUCUUCCUGCUGCGGCAGUACCCAGAUGGCAAGGUGUGCAAACUCCACCCACCCAGAACUCUCCAUUGCCCCCCACCCCAGGCACCAGCUCCACUGACCCCAGGCCCCCCUCCUGCUGCAGCAGCACCUGAGGGCAAGGUGUGAGCCCCCACCUGCCCCAGCACCUAGCACCCACAUACUGCUGCCAUAUCAGCCCACCUGAUGGUAGAGCCCGCAGCUCCCUGCCCUCCCUAUGGGCAAUCUCCCAGCACCCCGGCUAGGGGGACCUGACAACUGGGGGAGGAGCAAAGCUGGCUAGGGCUCAGCUGACAAAGGGGCUCCCCACAGAUCAGUGGGGGUCCUUGCACUGAGCCGGGGCAUGGGGAAGUGCAGAUGAGCUCGGGUGCCAUGUCAAGUCAGAAUUAGCUCUCCCACCAAGCGACCUCUCUGCUGUGGCCAAGGCCUUAGGGGCACCGCACUAUAUUGGAGAGUGACCAUGGCCUCAACCCACCAUUAGUGGGUCUCUACAACACAGGAUGGGUGGGCUCAUCUCAGUUCCCCCGUCCCCCCCGAUUUGUGUGUUGGGAAGGAAGUUUGUCCUGUGCCUGCUUAGAUCCUCUACCCUGCAGCCACCAGGGGGCCACACAGCCCCCAAGAAAUCCCCCUUCUAUGGGCACAGUCGCUGUGUCACUGGCUGGAGGUGACUGGGUGCUCCCUGAGGGCCGGUUGGCUCGGGGCCCGCUUUUAGGGUGCUGGUCCCACUGUAAGCUCCAGGGAUGGGGAGGCACUUUUUGCCUCCAGGCCAGUGACUGGAGUCUGGCUGGAGCUGGUAGUGACCAAAAGCCUUCCCGCGGGCCGGCUGCUGAGGGGUCUGGGGCAGAUAAGUUGUAGGCAUCUCAACCUGGUGGCGCAGGUGCCCAUGUCUCAGAUGCCGUGGCUGGGAGCCUCCAAACAAGCCACCUGGCCAGCAUGAGGGGUGGGUGGAGCCCCUGAGCUGAGACUGACUGAGUCACUUUGGAUGUGGGCUGAAGCGGAGCCAGGGGCAUGAUUGCUCAGGGGUCUUGGGGUCAAGCGGGUCCUGCCCAUGGGUCGGACGGAGCCAGGGGCUGAAGAGCAGGCAGAAGACGAGCUGUCAAAGCUCACGUGUCAGCACGGACCCAGCUGGGGGCGCUCCUGUGCUCUAAGGCCCGGACAUCCUCUCCUCAGACAUACGAGCCCUGAGUAUUUCCCACCUCCACUUUACCAAGGAAAUGGGGGAUCCUGCAGGUCCCUGGUCCCACAGAAGGUAAGGAUGUGGGUGCCACUGGGGCUCCCUUGCUGCACUGCAGCCCAGGUGGGAGAGGUCUACGUACCCUUCUCCUGGACCCUCUUCCAGCCAGCCCAGCCCCUCUGGCUGCUGAGUGUGGCUCAUGUGACAGUGCCGGCUUCUCUCCUCCAUGUACCAACACCCCCACGUCUUCCUGUGGCUUCCCCCAGGCUCCCACACGCAAACCAGGGCCCUCGAUUCCUGUGCUGGGGUCUGCACUGGAGGAGCCAGCACUGCCCCCCGAGCCCUGCUGGCACCGGCCCCUCCUUGCUUGGGUAUGUGCUUUGCCCACAGGGAAGACACGUCUGUACCCACCCUGCCCUGGCACUGACAAGCUGCCCCUCCCGGCAGGUGUCCCUGCAGUGCGAGCUCUCCCAGCGCUACCUGGGCGGGGCCGAGGACAACGUCACCUGCUUUGCCCAGACCGUGAGUGAGGGCGAGAAGUGGAGCCUGCACUUGGCCCAGCACCCCAACGGGCACAUGCUGAACCCCGGCAAGCAGCGCUACAUGCGCUGCGACCAGCAGACCGGGCACAUGCGCUGCGACCGCGAUCUGCCCUGGGGGCCCGAGGCCGUCAUCACCCUCCACUUUGACCUCAAAGAGAAGAAGUACGGGCUGCGGAGCGGGGCUGGGAGCCUCCUGGCUGCCGACGGCUCACUACAGGCCGAGCUGUCCCCUCAGACGCUCUACUCCCUGGAGCUGCGGGGUGGCCUGCUGGCCCUGCGGGACGCGGAUGGCAGGUACCUGACUGGGCGCGAGGGCAUCGUCAAGACCUUCAAGACGGACAAGCCGGGGCGCGACGAGCUCUUUGCUCUGGAGCCCAGUGCUGCACAGGUCUCGCUGCGCACCUUCUCCGGGGGCCGCUUUGUCUGCUGCAGGCCAGGGGCUGACAUCUAUGCCAAUGCCAUGUCCGUCGGCAACACGGAGAUUUUCCAGCUGCUGCUGAACGAUGUCACUAAGCAGGCCUGCUUUCGCAGCUCCUCCGGCACCUAUCUCGCUGUGGGCCCCAAGGAUUCUGUGGUGAGCACCAGCACCCAAGACAAGGGGGUCUGGUUCUCACUCCAGUACCGGGAGCAGAGGGUGACCCUGCGAAUGGCUGACGGCAGACACAUGGCCACCAGGCCCAAUGGGCAGCUGCUGCUGGUGCCCGAGGCGGCAGGCAAGGGGGAGGAGUUUCUGCUGCUGCUGGUGAACCGGCCCCUGCUGAUCCUGCAGAGCGAGGCGGGCUUCGUGGGGCUGUUCCCCGGGACGCAGCGCCUGGACGGAAACCGGCCAGCCUACGAUGCCAGUUCCCUGACACUCGGCGAGGACGGCUUCUGCCACUUCAGAGUCGCCAACAAGUACUGGAGCCUGGAUAAGGACGGGCUGGUCAUGGCGAACGGAGACCACCCCAGCAACUUCACCCUCCAGUUCAUCUCCUCCAGCUGCCUCGUGCUGAAGGCUCCCAACAGCAAGUACCUGGUGGCGGAGGCAGGGGGCCGCCUGUGGGCAGGGGCCUCAGACGCAGCCUCUGCCACGCCCUUCCACUACUAAGGGUCUCUAGCCCCUGAAAUAAACUUCUCUUCCACUGUCCAAGUGCUGCCAGCCUAUUGCUGGGACCCCCUCCCCUCCUGCUGCCACCCGGUCAUUGCCCAUCUUGCCUCACUAUCAGUAUCCCUCCUGCUGCCUGGAGAGUGGGUCCAGGCUGGGGCAGACAGUGCAGGCUGGCAUGGGCCUGGCCUGCCACCUGGAGCCAGCUGUUGGGAGGAGAUGUGGGUCAGGGGAGGCGAAUUGAUGGGGCUUCUCCCAGCCAGAGCAGUGCUCUGUGGCGCAGGGAGCAUUCAUGUGUCCUGAAGUGGGAGCAGGCUGCCCCCUAGUGGCCCAGGGGGGAGGUGCCUCCUUGCUGCCUUCUGGGGGAAGCCCUACUCUAAUGAAAAGGCUCCAGGCAGCAGCAGUAGCAGAAAAAUAAAUAUUUAUUGGAAAAUAGUAUUGAUUUGGAGGAUGCGAGAGGAGGGGGAAAAGUGCCACGAGUCACUGCUACAGCAAAUAACACUGAAUCUGGGGGAGCGGGUGGAAGCACCUCUCAAUCAGUCACACAUGCGAUAGACAGGAGCUUAUUAAUACUUACAAGGGGGGCCCUGGGUGUCUGCCCCUCCACCCCCGUGCUGAAAUGGGAGGACACAGAAGGUGCAGGCAUGAUCCAUGGGGGUGUGGUCUGGGCCAGGGGCCACCUGGCCUUGUAUGCGUGGGCUCGGACAAACUCUAAGCCCUGGCUGUAGGGGCCGGAAUGGGAUCCAUGUCAGCUCCCAGCAGCCUCUCCCCCUCUUACCCCCCCCUCCUCUCCCCCACUGCACAGCAGGCAGGGGAGGGCGGUGCCUGCAGCGGGUGAGUGAUGCCUGGGCACACGGAAUGGCUGCUUCAUGAGGCGCCAGGUCUGGGAUGCGAGUUAAAGUCUCUCUCCAAGUUGCUGGGCACGCCAGUGGUGGCUUCCUGCCCAGGAGGGGCUGAUGUGGAACGAGGCUGUGGCUGGGUCUAGCUCUGCUGUGAGGGGCUGAGACGCCGCCAUCAGACCAGUCGUGGAGGGAGGGAAUGUGUGGCCUCAGUCCCAGGCGCUGGGGCAACGCGUCGCCUUGUCUGGCCUGGAACAGGCUGGAUGGAGCCUUAAUAUGAGUCCACCC